ACAUAUAUAACACACACAUACACAGCUCUGCACCACGCACAUCACACACACACAGCUCUGCUGCAUACACAUAACUUCAGCUCAUCCAGCAGCGAUCACAACCAGCACAGCAGAGUCCUGCAUACACUGAGCAGAUGAGCCUAGAGCAGCAGCCCCUGAUCAUGUGACUCCUCCUCCUUGUGACUGAUCACAUGAUGGUGACAUCACCGCAGGUCCUGUAAGCACACGGCUCCUGUACAGUCUGCAGGUUGAGGUUCCUAUAAGGUGUCAGGACGUGGCGGUGUAUUUCUCCAUGGAGGAGUGGGAGUAUGUAGAAGGACAAAAGGAUCAGGUCAUGAUGGAGGAUCAGCAGCCCCUCACAUCACCAGAUGGAGUCAUGUAUAGAAAUCCACCAGAGAGGUGUCCCCGUCCUCUGUAUUCCCAGGACUGUCUGGAAAAUCUGAUUAAGGUUGAGGAUGAAGAAGAAGAGGAGAAGGAUUUAAUUACAGAUCAGCAGUAUGGAGUCAUGAAUAGAAAUUCACCAGAGAGGUGUCCCCGUCCUCUGUAUUCCCAGAACUGUACAGAGGGAAAUGUCCCAGAGAAUCAACAGUGUGAAGAUCUGAUGGAUAUUAAGGUUGAGGUCAAAGAUGAAGCAGAAGAGGAGACAAAUCACAGGGCCGAUCAGCAGUAUGGAUAUACAGGAGGUGAUGUAUUAAUUCCCUGUGUGUUCCCUACAGAUGGAGUCAUGGAUAGAAAUCCACCAGAGAGGUGUCCCCGUCCUCUGUAUUCCCAGGACUGUCCAGUGGGAAGUGUCCCAGAGAACCGUCAGGUUCAAAAUCUUAUUGAUAUAAAGGUUAAGGUUGAAGAAGAAGAGGAGAUGAAUUUCAGGGCCGAUCAGCAGUAUGGAGUAAUGGAUAGAAAUCCACCCGAGAGGUGUCCCCGUCCUCUGUAUUCCCAGGAUUGUCCAGGGGGAAAUGUCGCAGAGAACCAUCAGGAUGAAGAUCUGAUCGAUAUUAAGGUUGAGGUAAAAUAUGAAGAAGAGGAGGAGAUAGACUUCAGGGCCAAUCAGCAGUAUGGAGUCAUGGAUAGAAAUCCACCCGAGAGGUGUCCCCGUCCUCUGUAUUCCCAGGACUGUCCAGAGGGAAAUGUCCCAGAGAACCAUCAGGGGGGAGAUCUGACUAAUAAUAAAGUGGAGGAUGAAGAAGAGAGGAUGAGGGGCCAUCACCCGUGUAUGAGGGAAGUGAAGGAGGAAAUUCCAGGAGGUGUUACCCCAGAAAAUCCCAACUGUUAUGAAGAUGUGAUGUUAUCGGUGAAUUAUAAAGAUGAAGAUACCAUGCAGGGCUCCUCAGGAGAAGAUCAUACACCACAACCUGUACUACAUCCAGGACAUCACAGUACAGAUCUAUCAUACAAUUCGCCAGAUCAUCAGGAACCUUCUCCCGACCAAUCACAAGUUGUUACCGCAAGUACAGACCGGAAAGGGGGGGGGAAGUUUCACUGUGAUGAAUGUGGAAAACAGUUUACAAGAAGAUCUACUUUUUUUAUUCACAGAAGAAGUCACACAGGAGAGAAGCUAUAUUCAUGCAACGAAUGUGGGAAAUGUUUUACAUGUAAAUCAAAGCUUGUUAUACAUGAGAGAAUUCACACAGGAGAGAAGCCAUAUUCAUGUUCCGAAUGUGGUAAAUAUUUUAGAAAACAAUCAACCCUUGUUACACAUGAGAGAAUUCACACAGGAGAGAAGCCAUAUUCGUGCUCAGGUUGUGGAAAAUGUUUUACGAGUAAAUCAGGUCUUAUUAGACAUGAGAAAAUUCACACAGGAGAGAAGCCAUAUUCAUGCUCAGAAUGUGGGAAAUGUUUUAAACGUAAACCAGAUCUUGUUGUACAUGCGAGAAUUCACACAAGAGAGAAGCCGUAUUCAUGUUCAGAAUGUGGGAAAUGUUUUAUAGAUCAAUCAAAUCUUAUUAGACAUAAAAGAAAUCACACAGGAGAGAAGGCAUAUUCAUGCUUAAAAUGUGGGAAGUUUUUUUCACAUAAUAAAGAUCUUGUUAUGCAUGAGAGAAUUCAUACAGGAGAGAAGCCAUAUUCAUGCUCAGAAUGUGGGAAAUGUUUUACUGUGAAAUCACAGCUUGUUGCACAUAAGAGAACUCACACAGGAGAGAAGCCAUUUUCAUGUUCACAAUGUGGGAAAUGUUUUACAUUUAAAUCAACGCUUAUUAGACAUGAGAAAAUUCACACAGGAGAUAAGCCAUAUUCAUGCUCAGAAUGUGGGAUAUGUUUUACAAGUAAAUCAGAUCGUGUUAUACAUGAGAGAAUCCACUCAGGAAGGAAGUCAUAUUCAUGCUUAGAAUGUGGGAAGUGUUUUCCAAGCAAUAAAGAUCUUGUUAUGCAUGAGAGAAUUCAUACAGGAGAAAAGCCAUAUUCAUGUUCAGAAUGUGGGAAAUGUUUUACUGUGAAAUCACAGCUUGUUGCGCAUAAGAGAACUCACACAGGAGAAAAGCCAUAUUCAUGUUCAGAAUGUGGGAAAAGUUUUGCAGAAAAAUCAACUCUUAUUAGACAUGAGAGAACUCACACAGGAGAAAAGCCAUAUUCAUGCUCAGAAUGUGGGAAAUGUUUUACAAGUCAAUCAUAUCUUGUUGCACAUAAGAGAACUCACACAGGAGAGAAGCCAUAUUCAUGUACAGAAUGUGGAAAAUGUUUUACAGAUAAAUCAUCUCUGGUUAGACAUGAGAAAAUUCACACAGGAGAGAAGCGGCAUUCAUGCUCAGAAUGUGGGAAAUGUUUUAGAUGUAAAUCAGAUCUUGCUAGACAUGAGAGAAGUCACAUGAGACAAAGAGAGUCUCAGCAUUUAGGGAAUAAGAUCAAUGAACUUGGCUCAAUAAUGACAUCUGAGAAUGUAGAUUUACUGGCUGUUACUGAGACAUGGUUUAGUGAGAGUAAUGACUGGGAUAUAUCAAUACCAGGGUUUUCUUUAUUUAAGAAAGACAAAGAAGGUCCUGUAAGUACACGGAUCCCGUACGGCUUUGAAGGUGGAGGUUCUUUUAAAAUUGCAUUAUCUGUCUUGACUGACCCAUCAACCAUGGAGAGAGACAGGAACAAGAUGGCCGACAGGAUCAUAAACCUCACCCUACAGAUACUCUUCCGGCUUACUGGAGAGGAUUACACAGUAGAGAAGAAGUCCUCUAGUGGGCGCUGUCGGGCCCCUGUGUGUGAAGGAUGGGAGAGAAACCUGAGCCCAAUCCCGGGGCCCCCACCUCACUCCCUGAUACAUGAGGAAAUGGAUGAACAGAAGAUCCUAGAACUGAUCAACAAGAUGAUGGAGCUGCUGACUGGAGAGGUUCCUAUAAGGUGUCAGGACGUGGCGGUCUAUUUCUCCAUGGAGGAGUGGGAGUAUGUAGAAGGACACAAGGAUCAGUACAAGGAUCAGGUGAUGAUGGAGGAUCAGCAGCCCCUCACAUCACCAGAUGGAGUCAUGUAUAGAAAACCACCCGAGAGGUGUCCCCGUCCUCUGUAUUCCCAGGAUUGUCAAGAGGGAAAUGUCCCAGAAAACCAUCGGGGUGAAGAUCUGAUCCAUAUUAAGGUUCAGAUUAAAGAUGAAGAAGAAGAAGAGGAGACAACUCAUGGGGCCGAUCAGCAGUAUGGAGUCAUGGAUAGAAAUCCACCCGAGAGGUGUCCCCGUCCUCUGUAUUCCCAGGACUGUCCAGAGGGAAAUGUCCCAGAGAAGCAUCAGGGGGGAGAUCUGACUAAUAAUAAAGUGGAGGAUGAAGAAGAGAGGAUGAGGGGCCAUCACCCGUGUAUGAGGGAAGUGAAGGAGGAAAUUCCAGGAGGUGUUACCCCAGAAAAUCCCAAAUGUGAUGAAGAUGUGAUGUUAUCGCUGAAUUAUAAAGAUGAAGAUACCAUGCAGCGCUCCUCAGGCAAAGAUCAUACUCAACCUGUACUACAUCCAGGACAUCACAGUAAAGAUCUCUCAUACAAUCCGACGGAUCAUCAGGAACCUUCUCCCGACCAAUCACAAGUUGUUACCACAAGUGCAGAGCAGAAAGGGGGGAAAAGGUUUCAUUGUGAUGAAUGUGGAAAACAGUUUAAAAGAAGAUUAAAUCUUCUUACUCAUGGAAGAAGUCACACAGAGAAGACAUAUUCAUGUUCAGAAUGUGGGAAAUGUUUUAUAAAUCAAUCAAAACUUGUUAGACAUGAAAAAAAUCACAAAAUAGAAAAGCCACAUUCAUGUUCAGAAUGUGGGAAGUGUUUUAAAGGUAAAUCAAAUCUUGUUAUGCAUGAGAGAAUUCAUACAGGGGAGAAGCCAUAUUCAUGUUCAGAAUGUGGGAAAUGUUUUACUACGAAAGCACAGCUUGUUGCACAUAAUAGAAUUCACACAGGAGAAAAGCCAUAUUCAUGUUCAGAAUGCGGGAAAUGUUUUACGGAUAAAUCAACUCAUAUUAAACAUGAGAGAAUUCACACAAGAGAAAAGCCUUAUUCAUGUCCAGAAUGCGGUAAAAGUUUUACAGAUAAAUCAACUCGUAAUAGACAUGAGAGAAUUCACACCGGAGAGAAGCUAUAUUCAUGCUCAGAAUGUGGGAGAUGUUUUACAAGUAAAUCAGAUCUUGUUACACAUAAAAGACGUCACACAGGAGAGAAGCCAUUUUCAUGCUCAGAAUGUGGGAAAUAUUUUACACAUAGAUCAGCUCUUGUUAGACAUGAGAGAAUUCACACAGGAGAGAAGCCAUAUUCAUGUUCAGAAUGUGAGAAAUGUUUUACUGUGAAAUCAAAGCUUGUUGCACAUAAAAGAACUCACACAGGAGAAAAGCCAUAUUCAUGUUCAGAAUGCAGUAAAUGUUUUACAGAUAAAUCAACUCUUAUUAGACAUGAAAGAAUUCACACAGGAGAAAAGCCAUAUUCAUGUUCAGAAUGCGGGAAAUGUUUUACAGAUAAAUCAACUCAUAUUAAACAUGAGAAAAUUCACACGAGACAACGAGAGUCUAACCAGUUAAACCUUCCAGCGAAAUGUUGAAGUUGAAAGGAUUCUAAGGGACAAACCAAAUAAUAACCCAGUCCAAUGAGCAUAAUGUGAACAUCUCCUGAUUUAGCUCCUGAUGGAUGAUAGAGACACUAUGUGUACGGACAUUAUUGCACAAUUAUUAAUAAAUAUACAUUAUAAAUGGUUGAAUAUUUCAUUUCAGGAGAAUGUAUAAUAAAAGGAGAAGAUAUCAUCAAUAUAUCCUAAGAUAAGAAGCAUUGUCACAAUUCUUCCCUAAUGUUAUUUACAAUGGGACUCUGCUGCUGCCAAAUCUCCAUGCGGAAUUGCACACGGAGAUUUGGCAGCAGAGUCCCAUUAUAUUCUACGUGUCAACAUGGCCUUUGUGUUCGAUCUGUUAUCCGGAAAGGUGCAGGACUUGCCGUGCGGUGACAUAAAAGUAGUUUCAGUGGGGGGCAGGUCCUGCAGCUCUCCAAAGCGAAGGAGAAGGUCCUGCACCCCUCCGGAUAAUAGAGCAAAUGAUGCAGAAGCCUUGGCCGGCAAUGGAAGAGAAGGGCAAGGGAUUUUUAUUGUUUUCUUUUGGAGGGGACUUAAUGGGGAAAAAUAAUGGGCGCAUCUACCUCAGUGUUUUCCAACCAAGGUGACUCCAGCUGUUGAAAAACUACAACUCUCAGCAUAUUAGGAGUUGUAGCUUUGCAACAGUUCUGGUUUGGAAACACUGAUCUACCUAUUAGGUGACCUGACUACAGGGGGCUUUAACCCCUUAAGCACCAGGCCAAUUUUAUUUUUGCAUUUUCAUUUUUUCCUCCUCGCCUUCUAAAAAUCAUAACUCUUUUAUAUUUUCAUCCACAGACUAGUAUGAGGGUUUGUUUUUUGCGCGACCAGUUGUCCUUUGUAAUGACAUCACUCAUUAUACCAUUAAAUGUAUGGCGCAACCAAAAAAAUACUAUUUGUGUGGGGAAAUUAAAAAGAAAACUGCAAUUUUGCUAAUUUAGGAAGGUUUUG